ACAAAAGAUUUGUUUUAUUUUAUUGGCUCAUUAACUUUAUAUGAAGUAGUUUAAUGAAUUAAAACUAGUUGUAUAAAUAUUAUAAACCAGGUUUAAUUUAUCUCUAGAAACGGACCCGGUCCUGUUUUGGUGUCGGACCGGGAGCUGACACUCGUGUGUUCGAUGCCGGUUAGAUGUCUUCCUCGGCUCCGGACGCGACCCUGGUGGGUGUGUGUGACGCGGAGCUGGACCCGGACAGACACCGGUCCUCGUACCUCACCAACAAGGUGGGGGGGCAGCCGGACUGGUUACCGGGCAUCUCCUCGCUGUGUCCCCGCUGUGCUCGCUGCGGAGCCCCGCUGAGCCAUGUGGUGCAGGUGUACUGCCCCCUGGAGGCCUCUCCCUACCACAGGAGCCUCCACCUGUUCGCCUGCCCGGGGCCCGGGUGCAGCCGCGGGCCGCAGGGCUGGAGGGUGCUCCGCUCCCAGUGUCUGGAGAACCAGGGGCCGCAGCGGGCACCCAGCCGGCCCGCCCCGGCCCAGGAGGCCCCUCUGGCGGCCACUGACUGGUGUGACACCGCUGAUGACUGGGGCCUGGAGGAGGAGGAGGGUUGUGGAGGAGGUGUGGUGAAGGAGCAGGAGGAUGUGAUGAAGGAGCAGGUUCAGGAGGAGGAGGAGGAUGUGAUGAAGGAGCAGGUUCCAGAGGAGGAGGAGGAUGUGAUGAAGGAGCAGGUUCAGGAGGAGGCAGCAGCUCCUGAAGCAGGAAGUCUGAGCAGCAGACUCCAGGACCUCAGCCUGGGAGAAUCACACCAUGACCUCCUCGUCUUCCGCUCGUUCUUCAUCAGCGUGGUGCAGGAGGCAGAUCUGUGGGGCGAGGAAGACGAGCUGGAGCACGCUCAGGAGCUGCUGAGGGAGUACGAGGGGAGAGAGGGCGUGACCGUGAGGAAGCUGGAGGGCGGCGAGGGCGGCGGCGAGGAGAAGUACGAGAAGUCCCGAGCCCGUCACGGAGACGCCUUCUUCUCCAGGUUCAUGAAGAGGAUCUCGCUGUGUCCUCAACAGAUCCUACGCUACUGCCGCGGGGGGGGAACGCUCUUCAUCUCCGAGCCGCCGCCCCACGUGGCCCAGGUGGUGUCGGCGUGCGGCUCCUGUGGAGGAGCCAGGACGUUCGAGCUGCAGCUGAUGCCGGCUCUGGUCAGCCUGCUGCAGAGGACGGACGGGGGGGCGGAGCUGGAGCUGGAGUUCGGGACGGUCCUGGUGUUCACGUGUGUGAACAGCUGCUGGACGGCGGGCUCCGGAUCCGCCGUGGAGGAGUUCUGCUUGGUUCAGACCGACCCGGACCAGCAGCUGUUUAACUGAGCCCACAGCUGGACAGGUCUGAUGCUCACUGCAGGACACUGUGACGUCACUGUGGGGGCGUGGUCACAGGCAUCACAGCCCGCCCAUAUCUUUGAUGUCUGACGUGAAACAGACGUGAAACAUUCAGGAAGAGACCGAAGCUGAAAAACCUGAUGACUGGUUUAAAUUUAAAUAAAUGAACAGAUUUGGUUUCCGACGGAGAAAAGUGAUCGUUUUAUUACUGGGUCCAUUUUUCCCAGAUGACACAGUUUCCCAAAAAAGGGUGUGUGAGAUUGUAAAGUGGUACGAUCCCCCCCCUGACCUCAAGCACCAAGUAACUUUAAAUACAAAUACUGAAGUAAAGUGUCUGAAACUUUAAACACUGGGCAACUUUAUCAACCUGAAAGCAGCAGCUGGAUGAAGUGAGUCUGAUGUGUGAGUGUGAACAAGAGAAAGUUUCCUCCUUCUCUCCCUGAGCGUCUGUUCUCUGUGACUCUGCUGAGUGGGUUCCAUCUCCUGAGAGAACAACUGACUGAGAGUCACAGACACAACCAGCUGAAGAGAGAAGCUGAACUGAGAUCAGUUAAAAACACUCUGAAGUUAUUAACAACCAGAGUUUACCUCCAAUAUUCAGCAGGAAGCUGUUUGUUACAGCUGCAGCUCUUCAGGUUCAGGAAGCAGAGGAUCAUGGGUAAUAUCCAGUGUUUAGUUGUGUCAGCUCACUAGGAUGACUCAUUCAGAAUCAACACGUGUUAUUUCUACACAUGAAAACACUUCAUGAAUCAGACACAGAGUCCAACAGAGUUAUUCACCACAUGUGGCUGCAGGGGGCGCUCUCAGCUUCUCUGGAUCUUUCCUGCAGCAGCUAAGCAGCAGAACCUGCUCUGACCUUUGACCUCCCUCUGGUGAAAGGUCGCUGCUCAAUGAACCGACAGUAACAUGAACAUAAACUUUUGUUAUUCUGCUUCUCAGAUUAUUUCUAAUUAAAGAAAAACACAGAACAUA